CAGUGUGUAACAUCAGGCAGUGACUGUGAGAGGCAGAGCCAGACCCAAGUUCACUUCAGGCCUCCAGCCUCUAGACUAGCCUCCACCAGUUAAUCAGUCAGUCAUCGAGGAGUGUAUGUACCAGACUGUCACCUGAUCGUGUGCCGAGAGACGAUGACAGUGAUUGGCAACUAGUUGAGAUGCAGUCCCUACUAUGCUGGAGGUGGAGGAAUGAACUGUGAAAGUCAUUCUCUUUCAUUUUCAACCUCGGUGAAGAAGUGCCGUGAACUUUGAUGGACUGUGUCUUGGAGAGACUUUGACUAAAACGGGAAUGGAAAUGCUUUGUCAACAGCACUCCUGAGUUUUCAUGGGACUGUGUUAAACAGGACUCUGUAGUUGAAGAAAAUUAACAGUGAUGUGACAGCUUGUGAUGGUCUUCAUUUCAGGUCCAGAUGGGACACUGCCAAUUCCAGAGUGAACAUAGAAGCUGACCAAAGUCUUUCACGAUGAAUAUCAGUAACGAAUCCCAGGUGGCCUCCAUGCUGGAACACAUCAGCUACGACUACAUCGGUCCAGCCAUUUGUGUGUUCGGCAUCCUCUGCAACAUCCUCAACCUUCUAAUUCUCACAGAACAUUACCUAAAAGAGUCCCCCUACUCUUAUCUCACCGCCAUGGCGUCUGUUGACUUGGGUGCUUUGGCCUUGACCUUCAUAUACUUUGUGUUCGCUCGUAACCGGCCAUUCAGUUACUACUGGCGUUUUUUCGAGGCCCACUUAUACUAUCCUCUUGUAAAUAUCUGUUCCAAUUCCAGCGUCUGGUUGAUUGUCAUGCUCACUAUCGAACGAUUCCUGUUUGUUUGUUACCCCAUCUGGGCCAAAAUACACUGUAGCAGAACUGGCGCCAAUGUAAAAGUUGCCAUCAUCAUUACCUGCAUUGGCAUCAUAAACAUUCCAAGAUUCCUGGCUUUCCGUGUUGAAUACAAGUUCAACCCUGAUGACCCAAAGUACUACCUAUAUUCCACUGACUUUAGAAAGACUCAGUUAUUCAGCAUCAUCAACUGGUUCUACAGCAUCAUCAUCAACUUCAUACCCCUCACCGUGCUCUGCAUCUCCAACGUCUACCUGGUAUAUGCAGUGCAACGAGCAAAACGCCAGCGCCAGGUUCUCCACAUCCGAAACAACAAAGAAGCCACAUGGAACCGAGAACAAAUGCGCCUCACAAUAACCCUCAUCAGCAUCGUCUGUCUGUUCAUCAUCUGCGUCAUGCCGUCUGCUUUUGCCGACCGUCCAAGUGCGUAUGCUCUUUUCGGUAAUGGACGUCCUAUUGAUGAAUUCCUUCGAUCCACGCCAUACAGGAUCCUUCAGAUGAUUUCCAACAUGCUCAUCUGUUGCAACCUGUCACUCAACUUUGUCUUGUAUUGUGCUUUCAAUAACAAGUUUGUGCGAGUAUUCAAAAUGAUGUUGAAUCGGUGGAGGAAGUCAUUAAGGAAGAAUUCUAAUGGCAAGCAGUUUCAGAAGGUACGAGUGAAGAAGACUGCACUUAAUGGGAACAUUUCCUUGUCCAGCACUGCGGCCAGCAGCCAAAGUUUGUCCCAACCUUCUCGCAUGACCACAAUGGCGUGAAACAGUUGAUAGUAGACUCGAUACCCAUGUGAACAAUAAUCAGUCAUGACCCCAUGGCGUGAAACAGUUAUUUGUUUGUUGUUUAACGCCGCACUCAGCAAUAUUCAAGCUAUAUGACGGCAGUCUGUAAUAAUCAAAUCUGGACCAGACAAUCCAGUGAUUAACAUCAUGAUCAUCGAUCCACGCAAUUGGGAUACGAUGACGUGCAUCAACCAAGUCAGCUGGGCCUGGCUACUCACUUCCGUCAAUCGGCUCUUACGACAAGCAGAGUUGAUUCUUUAGACAAGACCUAUUAUAACCCAGAUCUUCACGGGUCUGAAACAGUUGACACCCAUGUGAACAAUAAUCAGUCAUGACGACAAUGGCAUGAAACAGUCGACACCUCCAUGACUGACACGGAACGAUCAGUCAUGUCUAGAACAAGAUGAAACAGUCGACAACCACGUGAACAAUAUCAGUCAUGACGACAAUGGCAUGAAACAGUCGACACCUCCAUGACUGACACGGAACAAUCAGUCAUGUCUAGAACAAGGUGAAACAGUCGACAACCACGUGAACAAUAUCAGUCAUGACGACAAUGGCAUGAAACAGUCGACACCUCCAUGACUGACACGGAACGAUCAGUCAUGUCUAGAACAAGGUGAAACAGUCGACAACCACGUGAA